UUCCUUUCAAUUCUUUUGACUCUGGCUUUAUUUGAAGCCUAUCUCGUAUGCCGUCACACAAUUGAUCUGUUUUGUUCACGUACACGAAAUAACCUCUGUCAAAAUGGGCUGGGAAUAUGCCCAAGUGCAUCUGAAAUACACGAUACCGUUUGGUGUUGUUUUGGCGGCGGUUUAUAGACCGUUGAUGUCGCGGUUGGAUGUUUUUAAGCUUGUAUUUUUGAUAACGGUUGCUGUUGUUUCUACCAUCCCCUGGGACUCGUAUCUCAUCAAAAAUCGCAUAUGGACUUAUCCUCCUGGCGUCGUGGUCGGCUUGACAGCCUGGGAUAUUCCAGCUGAAGAAUUAUUUUUCUUCGUCAUCCAGACUCUCAACACCUCUCUACUCUACAUGAUUCUCAGCAAACCAACCUUCCACCCCAUUUACCUCGCCAAGAAGACGGGUUGGGGUAAAAUUGCUGGCCAAAUUCUCUUCGCAUCAGCUAUCAUUUUCGGCCUCGUUUCUGUUUCCUCUGGCGGCGAGGGCAUGUACAUGGGCCUUAUCCUUAUUUGGGCCUGUCCAUUCCUCUUGUUUCUAUGGUCGAUUUCUUAUCAGUUCAUUGUGAAUUUGCCUUGGACAAAUACUGCGCUUCCCAUUGCUUUGCCAACGUUGUAUUUGUGGGUUGUUGAUACUUUUGCGUUGCGACGGGGAACAUGGAGUAUCACUUCUGGCACCAAGUACGGCGUGGUCUUGUGGGAUGGUCUUGACAUUGAGGAAGCUGUCUUUUUCCUUCUCACUAACACUUUGAUUGUCUUUGGCCUCGUCGCUUGCGACAACACGCUGGCCAUUCUCGACACCUUUCCUGAGCAUUUCCCUCGAACAAAGGGACUGCCCAACCUCUUGGUCAUCAUUCGAGCUCUUAUUCUACCUAAAGAGAAGUAUGAUGAAGAGCGCAUUGAAGGUCUCGUCAGCGCAGUUGCUCUGCUCCGAAAGAAGAGCCGCAGCUUCUAUCUCGCAAGCGGCACCUUUGAAGGAAAACUUCGCAUCGAUCUGAUCCGGUUGUAUGCGUUCUGCCGAGCCGCUGAUGAUCUUGUUGAUGAAGCUCCAUCUGUUGAUGAUUCCAGAGCCUCAAUUGAGAAGCUGAGAAAGUUUCUCGAUCUUGCUUAUGAAGAGAAUCAAGAAGAGCCUUCACAAAGACUACGAGAAUAUGUCACGUCGAACAUCCCGGAGAUGUUCCAUAUGGCUCUGCUCCAGCUUCCUACUUAUUAUCUACCCAAACAACCCCUGGAUGACCUUCUCAAGGGUUUUGACACCGAUCUUCUCUUCGACAGAAAGUCCGGCGCAUUUCCUAUUGAGACUACCGAGGAUCUGGAUGUCUACGGAAGUCGUGUAGCCGGCACUGUCGCAGAACUUUGCAACCACCUUAUUCUCUACCAUACCCCAGAAUCUGUCCCCGAAGACAUCCAGCGCGAAGUUGUCGCUUCAGGUCAAGAAAUGGGCAUCGCACUUCAAUACGUCAAUAUCGCGCGCGACAUCAAAACUGACGCAGAAAUUGACCGCGUCUACCUUCCUCUCUCCUGGCUCAAAGAAGCCCAACUCACUCCCGAAGAUGUCAUCCAACAACCCCAUGGCCCUACCAUCGAAGCUCUACGUCACAAGCUGCUCGAUCGUGCUUUUGAAAAGUACAACAUGGCAAAGGGCGCUAUUGAUAAGCUUCCUUCAGAAGGAAAAGGACCAAUUCGCGUUGCUGUUGAGAGCUACAUGGAAAUUGGACGCGUUCUCAGAGAGAAGGGUCCUACGAUGAAGAAGGGCAGGGCUACUGUUCCUAAAAUGAGACGAAUUCGUGUUGCAUGGUCUGCAUUGAACAAAUAGCGGGGUGUAGCGUGGAGGAUGUAAUGGUAGAGGUCAUAGAUUCAUAGAUUAUUCAUCUCAUUCCGCUUUGAG